AUGUGGCAACGUCUUGUGUCAGGAACUCGACUAUCUUUGUCUCGGACGCAGUCUCGUUUACUACAUCGUUCUUCACGAGUUAUUUCUCGUCGAUUUACUUUAUCUUCUACGAACUCUUCUCAUCGUAUUUUAUGUGUUAAUAUCCCUCAACAUGUGGCUGAAACGUCGUGUGUACAAGCACUUGUACAACGUGGUUAUGAUGUUGAUCAAGUACGCGUUACUUCAGAGGAUCAUUUUGUAUCUAUAAUACCAAAUUACGAUGCCUUAAUUGUUGCAACUGGUACAAAAGUACCACGUGAAGUAGUUUUAACGGGUGGAAAACAUCAUCUACAGCUCAUUGCAGUCCCUGCUGCGACGAUUCCAAGUGAACAUGUGGAUCUCAUGGAAGCAACUAAACAAGGCGUCAUGGUAUUACAAUUAGAUUCCAAACAAAUGGGUGAUCGUUCAUCAGUUGAAGCAGAAAGUGGGCUUACUUUACUCAUUGAAUUGACACGUCAUUUACGUCGUAGUAUCAGUGCAACACGCUUGGGUAAACCGUUUCAUCGUGAGCAAUUUAUUGGUACAGAACUUGCAGGUAAAAACCUAGGAAUUGUUGGAAUUGGACAAGCAGGACGACGUCUUGUGGACAUGGCUCAGGCGCUUGGAUUACAAAUUUUUGGCUUUGAUCCGAAUCUAAAGCAAGAAGCAGCUGAACUCAUGGGCGUCAAUUGUGUCACCAUGGAUCAAUUGUACGAAACGUGUGAUUUUAUCACCUUUCAUGCUCCUUUAACAGCUCGAACGCGUGGAAUGUUUGGAGAUGAUGCACUUGAAAAGUGCAAAGAGGGAGUAAAGAUUCUAGCAGUGUCUGAAUACAAGGCAAGUCAUGGUCUGCUUGAUGAAAACACACUGCUACGAGGACUCAAGACAGGUAAGAUUAGUGGCGUGGCACUAGACUUAUUACAGUCGCAAGAGCUGAAAAACGAGUUGGAGUUGUCACCUACCUGGGUCGAGCUAAUGAAGCACGAGAACGUUAUCACACAUACGCAUGCUGAUGGGACAGCGUCUGACGACGUGCUCCAAGGUCGCAAAUAUCGUCUUCUUGCAGAGAACGUUGGCGAUGCGCUAGCCCAGCGCUACUACCGUGGUGUGGCGAAUGGCGUCUUCAUGCCGCUAACACUCUUGCCGGAGAUGAAGCCGUUCCUCGAGCUAAGUGAGUCACUGGGUCGCUUUGUGCACCAGCUCACUUUAUCAGUAGACUCCAAGGACCGCAUCACGCACGUGUCUCUGGCUGCGACGGGUGGGUUCCAGAUUGAUAUUGCCACACCCCAAUCACGUCAGCUUCUUCAGAACGCUCUGCUUAAGGGUAUGCUCGAGAGCAUGCGUGAGCAUAAACAUGCUGCAGAAGACAGCGAGCAACCCGAUGUUAGCUUGUUGAACGCGUCGCUGUUUGCUAUGGCAAAGGGAAUCGACGUACGUCAGGGUGAUUUACCGAGCGACCCACUGGCUAUGCGUCGUCACCUAAAGAAUUGCUUGACUGUCGUGGUAAAGACCAAGAACAAGGACCGCCUUCUUGUCAAAGGCAGCGUCUUUGGCGAGGACCCACGUGUUGUGCGUGUAAACGAAUACUCAGACUUCCCAGCCUUCCGUCCGCAGGGGAAUCUACUGGUGUUCAACAACGAGGAUGUGCCCGGUGCUAUCGCCAGCAUUCUAAGCGAGUUGUCGCAGGCCAAGAUCAACAUUGCCAACUUUGGACUUGCUCGCCAGAGCAAUGUCGAGCUUCCUCUUGGUAUUCUUGCUCUUGACUCAGUCCCCUCUAAUGAGACGCUGGACGCGCUAAAGAAGCUACCGAGCGUUCGCAGUGUUCGCUUUGCACAGGUGUAA